AUGGCCGUGGAGAACUGCUCCGGAGCCUCCUUCCCAAUGAAUUCUUCUGACUUCCCCGCCAGGAACAGAUCAAGUAAGUCAAGGAUGGUGGAGGCUUCAAGCUGGAUAACUUUUCUUGAGAAAGGUUUUUCCCCUUCUUGUUGCAGGGACAGGUAGCAAAAACCAAAUUGGUUCUCUUGCCUGUUCAAAAGCUGUCCAAAUCCAGCAUCUCGCUGCUCUCCGGUUCUUUCCCAUUUAGUGGCUUUGGUAAUGAUGGGUGCGCGCUUUUUUUUUAAGGCAAAACAGAUAAAUAAAAAUGGAAGCGAGUCACUAUCAAAGCUUGCCUUACAGAACGGAUCGUGGGGUUUAGAGCCUCGCUUUUAGGAAUGAUGUCUGUGCUGCCUGAGCCGCCCACUCCUGCCUCGCUUCACCCCUACAGUACUUUAGAAAGUGCAACAGGUUGGGGAAAUGGCUUCGCUUCAGCACCAGAGGCGGCGGACAACUCCCUCGGUGUGCUUCCUGGUCUUUUUGUUCCCGAGGGCGCAGUAUUUGCCCCUGCAGAAGUGCCUCAAAGGAGGAUGGGGGUGGAGAUCACCCAGAUGUGGUUGGACCUCAACUCCCAUCACUAUUGGCCAUGCUGAGGAGAGUUGUAGUUUAGCAACAUCUGGGGGUGGCAGAGGUUAGCUGCCCCUGAUGUAGGCAACAUUCCCUUUUCUAAGUUAAUGGGAAAUGGCUGGGCAGCAUAGGCUGGGGCCGAAGGGAUGCUUAAUCCAACAACAUGUGGAGGGCACCACAUAGGCUACCCCUGGUGUGAAUGGAAUAAAGUGGGAGGGGGGCAUGGAGUGCCACCUCUUUUUACGGCUUCCGAGGGUUUGUGUCUCUGCUGAACACAUGGAGAGCAAUAACAGCUCCUUGCAGACUAACAGGAAACAGUCUUAAUGAAAAGCAUUCAUGUCCUGGAUUACUCCCUUCAAACAACCCCCAAACCUUUCCACUGUAGACGCCAUCCUCUAUGUUUCAUAUUAAGAAAAAAUUAGCAAGGUUUUCAGCCUAAUAAUAAAGGCUCCUAAUCCAUUUGCCGGCUUGCUUUCAAUAGGCUCUUUUAAGAUGCAGCAGGUAAUGCUUCUGAGGUCAUUCAAUUGAAAGUAAUUUGUUUUGACUGUACAACACAGACCAUUCAUUUACUGCUCACAAAAGAAAUCUCAAGCAUACUGACUGAUCCAGAUAUGUGCAUAAACUAUCUGCAACAAAACAGCAAACCCAUAAGCCCUUUCACUUCGUGGAGGAGCUCACAUUAAAAUGAAUUUUUAAAAUGUUUUUUUAAAAAUGAGUGGUUUAGGAAUUGAAUGACUCACACAUGUUAAUCUCAAUAAUGCUUUAAGAUGUUUAUGAUGUUUUAAAAACCCAUGCAGUUUUCUACUCCUGCUGCUGCUAACUCUGGUGCUGACAACAAAUACUCAAGGCACCAGUGACUUAUCUUAUCUGUAGUGGGGGGGAUUGAAUAUUGUGUCUGAUUUAAAGAUAGGUAAGCUGAGUGCAAAAGGUUGCAAUCUGAUAUAUAUUUACUAGGGGGUGAGGUUGUAUUCACCAGGAAACAAGUCCCACUGAAACCACCACACUAACUUCUGAGCUUGCUUAAGAUUGGAUGGUAAGUCCUACUUUCACUUGACUUCUGAGUAAACAUCCUUAGCUUCAUGCUACGGAUUAUGUAUGGUACUUGAUAGCAAUAACAGGGUAAAAUGGUGUGUGUGGAUUUGGCAGGAGAAGAGAUUAGCAGUGGUGUGCACACCUUAGACCAGGGCACCACUUGGACUGCCUAAGCAAGCCUGCUGGUAUUCAGAUACUGAAGCUGAUACUGUCUUGCUGCCAUAGUUGAAGUAAAAUUCAAUGGCCAAUCUGCUUGACUUGGGGUAGAGUGUUGGCAAAAGUGGGAAUCUUUCCUUCACAGGCAGCAAAAUGCCUUAGGCCAACCUUGGAGUUGGAAGAGAAACCAUAUAUGCCAUGUUGAAUUCAAUUAAAAAUUAGGGCUGGCACUUGAGGAAAAAGAAAGAAAUCUUAGACUCUGUUCACACUCCUGGUUGCUGUGCACUCAUUGCAUUUCCAGCACUGGGUUUCUAAUCCGUGUUCAGGCUACAUUAUCAAAAAUGCACAUGUAACCUGGACUUCAUUAUAAAAUGCUAGUCUGGUGCCCAGUUUCGCAAAGCAGCUUCUCACUGAUUGGAGUAAAGACGUUCCUGCCCCAUCAAUGGAAGUGACUGAGUGUGGCAGAAGAAUGGCCGAACUUAAGGGUGUAGUGCUGUCAUCCACAAGGACCUCUGACCCCCAAGUGUGCCUCAUCCCAUGCAUGGGGUGGUGGGUGGGAGUGGGGUGGGGUGCAGAGGGUAAAGAACACCCUCUGUGCUCACACAGGGGACUCGUGCACUGGGUGCAUGCAUGGGGCACCUGGUUCAUGCCCCCCAAGAUUCUGUGCCCAGGGCCACACACACACACACACCCUGGCCACCCAAGCUAUGGUACUGGUCAAGCUUCAUAUACAGACACACCAGUGGAGGAUGGUGGUCCUCAGGACUGGUGGGGCAGAAGGAAGGGAGGUCAACAGGAGAUGGAGCCAGAACCAGUGAUAGGUCUUCAGGGCUGACUGAAGACACACUGAUCUUGGUGGGACAGUGCCUCCCUUGUCCUUAUGCCUCCACUGCUACUCGGGAGAAGCCCCCUAACCACAACAUUUCUUUUCAAAUGCUAUAUAUUUUAAUUCAUGCUUAAACUGUGUUAAACACAUUAAAGGAAACCUCCCCAGAAUAUGAUCUCUACCAAAGCAGAUUUAUACCCAAACAAAUAACAAUGCACUGUUCCUUCCAAGACCUGGUAAACAGUGGAAAUGUUAUGCGUGAAACUGAUGCCAUUUCUCCUUUGUAUGGUUUCUAUAUUUUCUUAUACCAUGUGGCUGCUGUUUCCUCUGCUGUCUCUUGACUCUGUGCCCAGCUCCACCAGCCUUUGGGCUAAACACUCUCUCUGCACGCCAGAUGGCACUGUGGGAAGAUGAGGUGACUAGCUACAGUGACUAUGUACCUUGCCUUGUGUCAUCUGAUGAGAGUCACGGGUACAAAACCCAAGGCCCUCUCUGUGUCUUUUGCAUCAAGCUGUCACACAUGAGCAGUGCAGAAGUUUGGCAGCUUGUUCCCUGGAAGGGCUCCUGUACCUUCAAGAAGUGCUUCACAUUCAGAAAGUUAGCAGUUGUUGAAACCAGAGGCUUCUGGAAAACCCACAAGAUGACAUGAGGGCAACAGUCCUCUUCUGCUGUUCCCCGCAAACCAGGAUUCAGAGGUCUAAUGUCUCUGAUUUAUCUUAAAACAGAUUUCUCACAUCCAAAGCUCUGUAAUGUAUUGACUCAUGUAGAAGAGUGAAUUUCAGUUGAUCCAGGUUUUCUCAGGAGAAGUUGCACAUGGAUGAGUCUAUGAACUGCAUCUCACAUUUGUGGGUUUCUUUCCAUUUAUUGCACUGGAAGCAAGAUAAGGUUCCCUUACAGAAGCGCCUGUCCCAAUGAGCAGGUCAGGGAGGUUUAAGGAGUUCUUGGAGCAUGAAUUCCUAUUGUGUAAUUUUAAAUAGGUGGCCCCCAGACAGUCGUCUUCUUUUUUGGCAAGGAUGGGUAUAAGAAUGUCUCUUUCACAAAGCUCGCACAAUGCUUAGAAAAGAAAACCUCAAGAACUUGUCUGGCCUUGAGCACUGAGUGCCUUGAAUUGGGGAAGGAUGAAAGUAUUUGCUGCUCAGUGUCUGCAAAAUAUCUCCAGCUGGACCUGCUUUGCAAAUCCAGGCUCUUCAGGCAGAAAGAUCUUAAAUGAACGGCUGAGGUUUGAACAUCUCUCUGCUUCCUUAGUCUCCAUUUCGAGGGCUUCCAGACUGGGACCAAAUAUUGCACAGUUUGUGCUGUGUUCCUGAAGUUGUUCAGGUUUCCAGCUGAUGAACUGUUCCCAAUAAUCUCUGGUAUUCAUGGAAAACAAGGUAGGGGAGCCACAGAACUAUGCUGUCACCCAGUAGGUGAGAAGGUGAUUGAAUAUGGGUGGGUCGAGUACAAAAAGGUGGCUGUGAAUUAAUCCCUCCUGACUUCAGGCAAUAAGAAAGCUAGGAAACAGUGUUGGGUAUGACUGGAGAGUUAAUCAUACCAUCAAACUGCAGUAAUGAGCCCUGGGGCACUUCCCCUGGAUUAAUAACUAGCUGGGAAAGAGUGACUGCAGUUCACGCACAACUGAAAUGCGGCCCCAUUAAGUCUGAGAAGGCAAUUAAGCCUCCUAGAAAUGAACUGUGCCAAUGUUUGUCUUUUGUUUAUGCCUUGAAUUUGACAAGGGAGGGAAAUGCCUACAAGGGGAAGUGGGGGUGUACUGUUUCAUUUUGGAUGGAUGACUCAUCAUAUAAACAUCUGGAUAGCUUGAAAUAUCCAUUCAAAAAUUAAUACCUGUCUGUCACUCAGAUACACUCUGUCUGGUCCCCUUCAUCUUAAAACCAAGAAGUGAUAAAACACAGAGCUCUUUCCCCCCUUUUUUUCCUUUUGCAGAGUGUCUUAAUCUUCAGCAAACGCUCAGGUUUUCCUGCUUUGACACAAGGCAGGCGGGCAACAGGCUAUUAGAAUUGCCAACUUCCUCUCUCUCUCCAGCUUCUGCGACUUUGACAACGGGUGCGACUGGAAGAAAAUCAGCAGGCAAUGCUUUCCCCAUCGCUGCAUCUCCAUGCCGGGGAAAGCUUAACCUAAUCAAAUUUCUGUUUAUCAUGAAACUGUUAAAAACACAGGAGCCCUGUUAGGGUGGAAAAGUGGGCAAACAGGAAGAGAAAGACUGGAUCUGUAAAUUCCAUGUUGUGUGGUAUCUAAAGAAGGAAAGGUCUACACAAUGAGGUUCCUGGCAAAGUCCCUGGCAGGGAAGUCACCUAAGCACCAUUGUACCCAUUGCAGGCUAGAUUCUGCUCCCUUGACAACAGUUAUUUGCAUAAAAUUGGCUGCUUGAGCAUAUUCUUCUACGCCAGGGAUGGGGAACCUGCGACUCUCCUGAUAUUGUUGGAUCCCCAGCUUCUAUCAGCAACCAUGGCCAAUCUUAUCAUCUUAUCUUAUCAUCUUAUUGUUGCAUCUAUAACUCACUUUCUUCUCGAAGGAGCUCAAAGUGGUAUAAUGGCUCCUCCACCCUACCUGUGAGGUAGGUUAGGCUCAGAGGAAGUGACUGGCUUCAUGAGUGAGUGGGGAUUCCAAUCCUGAUCUCCCAGGUCCUAGCACAACACUCUGACCAUUAUACCACAUUGGCCAAUGGUUUGGGAUGAUGGCAGUUGUAGUCCAGCAACAUCUGGAAGGCAGCAGGUUCCCCAUCACUGUCCACUCUCUAUCCCAUUGGUGCUCACCACAGCUUCCAUUUUCAGUGAAUGACCAGAUCAUGUGGAAAGGAUGGCAGAGUUGUAGCCCGCUGGUAGAGCAUCUGAGGUCCCAGGUCCAAUUCCCGACAUCUCUAGGUAUGGCUUGUCUGAAAUCCUGGAGAGCUGCUGCCCAUCAGUUUAGAGUAGACAACAUUGAGCAAAAUAGACCAAUGGUCUGACUUGGUGUAAGAGAGUUCCCUGUCUUCCUGCUCCUUCCAUAGAUGUGUAGAGCUGUCUUUUCAUGACAGAUUUGGUGGAGGAGAGGGAGGGAAGAGAUCGUAAACUGCCCUCAUUUGCAAUUGCCUCUUCACAACUAGUAAUGCUCUAGGAGUGCUUCCUCCUUUGCAUCCGGCCACCUGAGUCAUGAAUAGAGCUGAGGCGAUUUGGAAACAUUAGGUGCCAAAGCCCUGCCGUCCUUGACAGUGCAGAUACUGAGCAGCGAUAUUUUUAGAAGUCACGUGGAGUUAACAAGCUAGCUUCACAUUAUGUGACAUGGGGGACAACAAUGUGAAGAGACUAUUGCCCUCACGCCCUGCUUGCGGACGUCCCAAAAGGUAUCUGGUUGUGGGAAACAAGAUGGCAGACUAGAUUAACUUGUAGUCUGAUGAAGUGGGUCUGCUCUUCUGUUCUGACACGUGUAACUAAGGUCUUAAAUGUAUGGUGCUCACAAAUUGGCCCUUCCUGUUGGGAAACUGAAUGCUGGCUGUCCGAACAAAUAUAGCCUCAGAGGGCUAUAAAGUGCAAGGACACUCACUAUUCUCUCUCUCUCUCUCUCUCUGGUUUGUUUUUGGUAGUGGUGGAAAGACCGACUCCCUACACCAAUGUGAUCAUGCCGAGUUUGUUCGGCAUCAUUUGCUUCCUCGGCAUCGUCGGGAACCUCAUUGUGAUCUACACCAUUAUCAAGAAGAAGAAGCUGAGGUGCAAACAGACAGUGCCCGACAUCUUCAUCUUCAACCUCUCCAUUGUGGACCUGCUUUUCCUGCUGGGCAUGCCUUUCCUCAUCCACCAACUCCUUGGCAACGGGGCCUGGUAUUUUGGAGCUCCUUUAUGCACCAUCAUCACUGCUCUAGACACCAACAGCCAGAUCACCAGCACCAACAUCCUGACAGUCAUGACCUUGGACCGUUACCUGGCCACCGUCUAUCCUCUGAAGUCCACUUACGUCCGGACGCCGUGUGUGGCAGCCUUAGUGAUUGGCCUGGUGUGGCUCCUCUCUCUCCUGACUAUCAUCCCAGUGUGGAUGUACGCGGGGCUGAUGCCUUUGGAGGAUGGGAGUGCCCGCUGUGCCCUUUUGCUUCCCAACCCUGAGACUGAUAUUUACUGGUUUACCAUCUACCAGUUCAUGCUCGCUUUUGCCAUCCCACUGUUCAUCAUCUGUGUGGUCUACUUUAAGAUCCUCCAGCAUAUGGCUACCACUGUGGUGCCCUUGCCCCAGAGGAGCCUCCGGGUACGUACCAAGAAGGUCACCCGAAUGGCAGUUGCCAUCUGCUCUGCCUUCUUCAUUUGCUGGGCACCCUUCUACAUCCUUCAGCUAGUGCAUCUCGGCAUAGACACCCCUUCCGUGGCCUUCUUCUAUGCCUACAACUUUGCCAUCAGCUUGGGCUAUGCCAACAGUUGCCUCAAUCCCUUCCUCUACAUUGCCCUGAGCGAGACCUUCAAGCGCCAAUUCAUGGUGGCCAUUCGUCCGGCCAAGGAACAGUUCCGGGUCAACAACAACAACAACAGCACAACAGAAGCCAGCAUGUGCCUGAAGCUUGCCCCAGAAUCCACACAGCAGACUCAGUUUCUGGAGGACUUUUCUCCACACUCGUUGCCUGUGACGGUUGCCGUUCACUGA